AUGGAUAACUUCAAUACUCACGCCAGCCCAUAUCCAUACGAUACAGCACGCGUGAGUGAACUGCUCAAACGCAAACGUCGUGUCCGUGGCAUCAAAUCUUGUUUUCCCUGUCGACACAGGAAAGUGAAAUGCAGCGGUGACCUGCCCUGCGAGAGUUGUGUGUCGCGCGGGCACCCUGAGCUUUGUUGUGUGCCUAGCGAAUCCGGUGGUAAUUCACGUCCGACAUCGACUAUCCCUGGUCAUUCUGUGCCCCAAGAGAGUCAUCAUGUCGCAAGGGAACCUGACGAGGCCGAUGGUGACUGGCUACGGAGAGAACACGGCAGGAAGUAUGUCACAUACCCCAUUACCAUCAGAAAUCCUUACUCAUCUCUUCCUAGUACUAGACCUGCAAUCGGCAACGAGCAUGAAAAUGAGUCUACUGCAGACCAUACUAUUGGCAUUGAUCUCAUGAUCAAACGAUUGGAAGGUAUAGAAGAACAAAUUUCUUCUCUGAAAGCCGAGCUUCAACAAACCCAUGCUGGCACCAGUAUAAACACUGAUCUCAACUCCCAUGAAAUUCGAACAUCGAAUUCACGAAUCAACCCGCACAUGACUAAGAAUCUCGCCCCUGGAUUAUCAGGGAAGAAUUUUGUGGAAGACGCCACAGGGGCAACCAUAUUCCUGGGCAGCCAUUCUGAUCCGCCCGCAGCAUUGGGAUGUCGAAAUGCACCCGGGGAUGGGAUUUUGUCUGAUGACUUGUUCUUGGAUCAGAUUGCACCUCGAAUGUAUCCAUUUACGAGCAUGUGGGGACCAGAUGCUGGUGCGGCGGAUAUCUGUCGGACUUUGCCGGACGACUCAGAUGUUAUUCGAUAUUCUCAAAUUUAUCAAACAACGGUCUACCCUUUCUACCCGGCGCUGGUGACACUCGAGCAAUUCAAUUCUUCGCUCUUCGCAUUCCUUGACCGGCGAGCAGAGCUCCAACAAAGCAAUGAAACAUCAAAGCUCGACGAUUCGGAUACCUCUUGGCUAGCAUUAUUAUUCGCGGUGUUAGCGUGUGGUGUUCAAUUCUCGAAUGACCCAAUCAAAGAACGGGAUCUAUUGUCCAAGGUUUUCAUCUGUUCAUCUUUCCAGUGCCUUCGCAUUUCAAACUUCUUCAACAAUACCGACAUGGAUCAGAUCCAGGCUAUGGCAUUGAUAGGUCAUUGUAUCCGCAACAAUCUUGACACAAAUAGUGCUUGGAUUCUACUGGGUUCAACAAUGCGCUUGGCACAGAGUAUCGGACUCCACGAAGAAACAAUCGAACCAGACUCGCCAAAUGCAGCUCAUCAAUUUCAAAGAAAGCGACUCUGGUGGGUCCUCCUCUGGCAAGACACUUUUCUCUCCUUCACAUACGACAGACCCCCAAGUACCAUAAAAUCAAGCGAAAACCUUCCCUACGACUCCUCAAAUGAAGCACCGGGUACCCACUCAUUCGCCGACUCAAUAAUGACAUUAUGUCAAAUCAUGCUCGAACGGGCCCAAAAAGACGAAGUCGGAUCCAUUAGGACCAUAAUGGGCUACAAGCACCGCAUAGAACGCAUUCUAGACGAGGACUUCGCCGCACCAUAUCUCCGCAACAAGGCUCGUUGCCGAACCCUCCAGCAACAUCUUGAGCGACUAGCACUCCAAGUUCAUUAUUCAUAUGUCAUUAUGAGGUUGUGCCGAUUGGCUCUGGAUAUACCGGAUCCAAUUCCGAAUGAUACUAAGGCAUUAAAACAGGAGUGUGCAAGGCGUGCUUCAGAUGCGGUUGAAGCUUUCCUGGAGGUGCAUCGUCUUUCGUCGAUGGUUUGUCGGUCGUGGGCAUUUGUGCACAAUGCCGUGAGUUGUGCUUUUACGUUGAAGAAUCUGGGGCCUGAAGUGUUUCCUUUGGAUGCGGAGCUGCUUAUUACGCGGUUGGUGGUUGUUUUGGAGAGUGAGGAAAGUUUAUCUUCGUGGGUGGAUAGUGAUACUAAUGUGCGUUAUUACGGGCCUUAUUCGAGGGCUUUGCGGGCUUUGAAGGAAUUCGUCAGUUAG